CAAAUGAAUAACAUUUUGUCAUAAUUAUUCAUUAUUGUUGUGGUUGUGGUGUAUUAAGAAUGGAAAUCAAUUUCAUUGGAAAGCGGGCAUUGGUGACAGGUGUCACUAAAGGUAUCGGCAGAGAUAUAGCUCUUCAACUCUCGAAAUGUGGUGCUAAAGUUGUUGGAGUUGGGAGAAAUGGAGAAUUAUUAGCCUCUUUGAAAGCCGAAGAUUGCAAGAUUGAAACAUUAGAAUUGGAUAUAACGGACUGGAACCAAACAGAACAUAUUUUAAAAAACAUUGGCCCCAUCGAUUUGUUGGUCAACAACGCAGGGAUGGGGUGGCUUAAAUCAAUGAUGGAUAUAGAGGAGAAGGAUAUAGAUAGCGUUUUCGGAGUCAACAUCAAAGCACUCAUACACAUCACAGAGUUGGUUGUUCAAAAUCUUCUUGAACGAAACGCACCUGGAGCAAUUGUAAACGUGUCUUCUCAAGCUUCAAUAGCAGGACUUCUGAAUCAUACCGUUUACUGUGCGAGCAAAGGAGCAGUAGAUUCUUUCACGCGAGCAACGGCUUUGGAAUACGGACCAAAAAAUAUUCGAGUGAAUGCCGUCAACCCAACAGUCAUCAUGACCGAAAUGGGAAAAUUGGGAUGGUCUGAUCCGAAAGUGGCUCAACCGAUGUUAGAGAAGAUUCCUCUUAGAAGGUAAUAACAGUACGAUAUAUUAAUCAAGUUGG